AUGGCUAGUGCGACAAACCAAAGUUCGAAUGCACGAUUUCUUGACGCCAGCGAGGAGCCCAAUCAAGUUUUGUUGCCUAUUCGUGGUUAUGCAAAGGAGCCACUGCUACCACUUGAAGAGGCUAUUAAGCCGAUCGAUGAUCAACUUGAUGAUCUCGAUAUCAUGGUUGACACAGCAAAACGAAACUCGAAAAAACCGGCAGAUGGGCUCACUUCCGACGAAUCGGCUGCUAUUCAUCUAUAUACGAUGCAAUGGGAAGAGCCAAAUGUAAGUCUUUAUACUAAGCUCAAUAGCAUCCUCCGAUCAAAACGACGAGAACCACUCAAACCAUGGUUUCGUUACUUGAAGCUGGUUCUCACUGCUUUAUUCAAGCUGCCAUCAUUGAAGGCUACAGUCUGGCGGGGAGUUCGCGGCAAUUUGACCGAUCAAUAUGAUGAUGAUAUAGUAUGGUGGGGAUUUAGUUCAUGUACGGAGAGUAUGCGUGUCAUAGAACAAUUUGUUGGAAAGUCAGGUGUACGAACUUUAUUUACUAUUGAAUGCACUAGUGGUAAAGCUAUCCGAGCUCAUUCACACUACAAUGAAGAAAAUGAAAUUCUUCUUUUGCCUGGCACUUACUUUCGUGUUGUGGAUAAAUGGAGUCCAGCUAAAGAUUUAUACAUGAUUCAUUUGCGAGAAACACCUCCACCACGACCAUUUCUUGAACCGCCUUUCGCAUCAGCAACAUCAGACACCUCCAUUGCUACAGCGACGGCAACACCAGUUAAAGAGAAUAUUGCAAUUUCGAAAGCCGAAGGUCUACCAAGUACUGCUGCUACAGUAUCAUCCAUCAAACCAAAAAGUCGACUUGAACGAGUUCGUCCUCAGUGA